UUCCUCUAUAUCUUAUCCUACACAACGUAUAGUUUACUUCACCUCAUCACAAAGCAUAUAUCUCUCUCUUCCUCUCUCUCCCUCUCUCUCUAUCACUUUGCAUACUUGUGUUUGUGAGAAAAUGGCUCUCAAGCUUUAUGGACUUCCCAUGUCUACAUGCACCACUCGUGUGUUGGCCUGCCUCCAUGAGAAAGGUGUAGAUUUUGAGCUUGUUCCGGUUGACCUUUUCAGUGGGGAACACAAACAGCCUCCUUUUCUAUCUAAGAAUCCCUUUGGUCAGAUUCCAGUGCUAGAAGAUGGUGAUCUCACUCUUUUUGAAUCUAGGGCAAUUACAGCAUAUGUGGCUGAGAAAUUCAAGGAAACUGGAACUGAUCUCAUUAAGCACAAUAACCCCAAAGAAGCUGCUUUGGUUAAGGUGUGGGUGGAGGUGGAAUCCCAGAAUUUCAACUCUGCAAUCUCUCCCAUUGUCUUUGAACAUAUUGUGGGGCCUAUAAUGGGCAAAACAGCUGACCAAGCAGUCAUCGAUGCCAACUUGGAGAAGCUAGGAAAAGUGCUUGAUGUGUAUGAGUCCAAGCUAAGUAUCACCAAGUACUUGGCUGGUGAUUUCUAUAGCCUGGCUGACCUGCACCACUUUCCUUACACUCACUACUUCAUGACAACACCAUGGGCCUCGUUGGUUAAUGACCGUCCCCAUGUUAAGGCAUGGUGGGAGGACAUUUCUUCUAGGCCUGCUUUCAAGAAAAUUGUUGGGGCCAUGACUUUUGGUGAGGGGAAAUGAGAAUUUUAAGGGUUCGAUUUUAACAUUCUGGAAGAACUUGAUGACGUCAUGUGGUGGUUUAUCUGAAUGGACUAUAUAUUAAAUAAAAAUAACUUGUAGUGCCUGUGCUUCCCUUUCUAAGUUCAAGGCUUUUUGAGCACUUUGAUUAAAAAAUUUCAUUUUCGCUUGAACUA